GAGAAAAAGACAUAAAAAGUGAGUAAUAAACAGUUAGGAGAUGAAGAUUGAGGUGGAUUCUUUUGGAGGAAGUAAAAUUUAUCCGGGAAAAGGGAAGAUUUAUGUAAGGGGAGAUAAUAAAGUAUUUCGAUUUUCCUGUAGAAAAACAGGAUCGUUGUUUAUUCAACGAAAAAAUCCCAGGAAAAUUACAUGGACAAUUCUUUAUCGACGAAUGCAUAAAAAAGGUAUUACAGAGGAAGUAGCAAAGAAGAGAGCACGACGUACUAUGAAGUUUCAACGAGCUAUUGUAGGGGCAAGUCUUGAAGUGAUAAGGGAGAGACAAAAUCAACGAGAAGAAGUCCGUCUGGAAGCAAGACGAAAGGCAAUAAAAGAAGGAAAAGAGAAGAAACAAGCACAGGAAAGUUUAAAAAGAGCUAAUAAAGCCAAGCUUGCAGUGGAGGCUCGUGGAACAGUUAUAUCAAAGGUUUCUAAACAACAAGCAAGGGGUGUUAGAUCAAAAAUUUUAUCUACAACCCGUUGAGAUUAUUUUUUUUUUAUAAACUUAUAGAUAUAUCUAUAUUAUUCAC